AUGUCCUCGUGUGCAGUUCGACGGAGUGACAAGCCGACACUGGAAAGCCACUUCGCAUACGACGAUGCUGCUGCUGCUGCUCCGGAACGUGCUACUACUACUUCUUCCUUCUCCUCUUCCUCUUCCCAACUGGCUCGCACCGACAACCACUUUUACCACGCCUCCUCCAGUCCACAUCUCUCUUCCUCCCCAUCCUCCUCCUCCCGGUCCUCGUCUCACCCACUCUCUCCACCACCGGCCCUCUCUCCCUCCCCGCAUCCCACGUUCCUGCUACCUGCCAUCUCCUCCUCUCUGGCCCUGACAGUAGCCGCGCUACGAGCCCACCAGGUCAUCGCCGUCCCCACCGACACCAUAUACGGCUUUGCUGCUGAUGCGCAGCGAGUGUGGGUGGCGGUGGGGGAUGAGCGGCCAGCACAGGGGAUCGCGCGCAUUAACGAGAUCAAGGGUCGGGAUUUCAACAAGCCUCUAGCGAUCGCGGUGGCGGACAUUGCUGACGUGGCAGUGUAUGCAGAGAUCGAGCACCUGCCGCCCGAGCUGCUGCCGGCACUGUUGCCAGGCCCAGUCACACUAGUUCUCCCCCACCGUGAGUCCUACCUCCCCGAUACACCCCUCGCUCACCCGCACAGUCCCCUCCAUCACGACGCAUCCCCACUUCGCCCUUCAUUCGCGCUCUCGCGCGCCUGCUCUCUGCGCCGCUCGCCCUCACAUCUGCCAACCUCUCAGGCCACCCGUCUGCCAUUGCAGCAGAGGAGUUUAGGGCACUCUGGGGGAUGUGUGCGGCGGUGGUGGACGGGGGGAGCAGGCAGAGGAGAUGCGGCAAGGGCCGACAAUUGUAGAGCUGGUGCUGCCGGGGCAGUUCAAAGUGAUCCGGGCAGGCAGCCUCCUCCCAUCAUCCUCGCAACCUCUAUGAAGCGGACAGAGGGGCAGCCGAGGGUGCCCGGAGCACCCCAGGGAGCGCAGCAGGCAGGGGGGCAGCCGGGGGUGACCAGAGCACCCCAUGGAGCGCAGCAGCCAGGGGGGCAGCCGGGGGUGACCGAAGCACCCCAGGGAGAGCAGCAGUUGGGGGGGCAGCCGGGGGUGACCGGAGCACCCCAGGGAGCGCAGCAGGCAGGGGGGCAAUCGAUGGACGGCCGGGAGCAGCAGUUGGAGGAGUGGAUCCGACUUUUGGAGUUUGAUACCCCCAUGGCGACUGCGGAGGAGUCACAGGCGGACAGAGAACCUCCCAAGCCGCAUUCCCCAUGCCCCCGUUUUCCGUCAGAAGGCGCUGAUCACGGAGUGGCUGGGUCGUUCUGGGAGGGGAGGUGGUGGAAGCUGUUCGACUCUGCCAUGGUGGCGGCGCGGCCAACAGUUUGCCCACUUUCCUACACUUGCUCUGACCAAGACCCGGAUGCCAUCCGCCUGUCACGGUGCCGAUCUCGGUGCAAAGUGGGGGAGUGGAGCCGUGGAUUGGCCUGCCUUAUGGCAGGGGAGUUGGCUAGACCGUCUGAGGCCAUGGUGCAGUCGCUGCGAGAGAAGCACCUUGCCAGCACUGGCGAUGUACCACAGUGGGUCCACGAUUUCACCGUUGAUGCUGCUCAGCGGCCUUCACUCACGACCGACAUCCUGACCAGAGCUAUCCAUACAGCCGCUCGAGCUUCAGCAGCAGGGCCAUCGGGGUGGGUCACAGAGCAUCUGCGCGACACCUUCCUCACUGAACCUUCCUGCCUUUCCCACCUGUUGGAAGUGUUCAACCAAAGGGUGGCGGGACAGGUCCCCGAGCGGGCUCGGCCGUGGCUCGCCGCAUCCAACCUAGUUGGGCUUUCCAAGCCUAACGGCAACGUCCGGCCGGUGGCGAUCGGGGAGGUGCUUCCUCGUAUCCUUGCUCGAGCUCUCUGCAUCUCACUCCGCCCUGCGAUGGCUUCCUACUUCCUGCCGUGCAACCAGCUGGGAGCGGGCACCAGGGUCGGGGCGGAGAUUCUCACUCAUUCUUUCCGGUCAGCGUUGGCCACUCACCCCGACUGGUGUGCGCUACAGAUAGACGUCGCAAAUGCCUUCAAUUCAUUUCACCGCCAUGCGAUGUUUGAUGGGCUGCGGGAGUCGCCGUUCUCAGGGAUGAUCCCAUUCUUGCGUGUUUUCUAUGGGACACCUAGCGACCUGUACCUCCGAGCGGGCCCUUUCGUACAGAGCCUCAAGUCGGCACGGGGAUCGAGGCAGGGGGACCCGCUCGGCCCUUUUCUUUUCGCGUUCACGCGGCAGCAGGUGAUGGAGCCGGUUACUAGGGAGUUCGGGGACCUACUUUUCCUCAACUAUGCAGACGAUACCUAUAUUUUGGGGCCAGCGGCUAGGAUUCUGGAGGCUUUUGGGGUGCUGCGGGAGCGGUUGGAGUGGGUGGGGCUGGAGGUGCAGGUGCACAAGUGUCGGUUUUGGGAGCGCGAGGGCGGGGAUGUGGAGCAGGCACUGCCAUUGGGGAUGCAGCGGGUGGAAGAGGGUCUUACUGUGGUGGGCAUGCCUAUUGGGGAGGAGGAUUGGGAGGUGGUCCAGCUACGGGAGCGGCUUCGACAGUUGCAGGCGCCACUGCCAUGGCUCCCCCUGCUCGACCACCCCCAGAUGGCUUCACACCUCCUCGCCAUUGCAGUUUCAGCGCGACCGAUGUACCUUGCCCGGACUAUGCCGCCACGUCCAGAGGUGGUUGAGGCUUUUAGGGAUUGGGAUAUCUGUUUGGAGGAUUGCUUUGAGCAGCUUUUCCCACCUGGCACUUGGGAGAAGGACCCCGACCGGUCUAGGCGAGCACGCAUGCAGCUGCAUCUCCCUGUGCGACUCGGAGGGUUCGGGAUCCGGGCGGCGGCCUCUUUGUGCGGGUGGGCACAGGCCACGCGUGACAUAGCACAGUUAGGGGUGGCGGGCGAGGAGGCGGUGUUUGCAGAGUACCUCACCACUUCGACAGGGGCAGAGUUUCUUGACCCGUGGUUUGUCAAGGCUCUUGAGCACCUGCCAGCGACUAUCCGCCAGGAGAUGCCGAGCUUACCUCUGUGUGUAGCGGCCCCUCCUCUUCGGCUUUUCCAGGUGCGGCAGCAGCAGUUAGCUGUAGAGGAGCUCCACGCACUACUCCGCUCGGCUCGUGACGAUGCUACCCUGGCCCGUUUUACAUCCCUUCAGGGCCCAGGGGCGGGUGCAUGGGUUUCGGCGGUUCCAAGUCACUCAGAUCUCACAUUCACUAUGGCUGAGUGGGGCAUUGCUACUGCUAUACGCCUUGGGCUCCCAAUUCAGCAGCUGCAGGUGGCGGGGAGGUUUGUUUGCGGGACAGCGUAUGUUGACCCGGUGGACCCGCAUCAUGCCCUGAGAUGCAAGCACCAGCAUGGUCCAUCUCGGGUGCAUGAUGAGAUGAAGUUUGCGAUGGCGAAGAUCUCGAAGGUGUCCGGGGGGGCGGUGACAAUGGAGGAUAGUGUCGUGCUGCCUGUGAAGCGGGUUGAUGUGGCGGUCGACGACCAAUGGCUGGAGAGGCUCACGCCCUAG